AUACUCAUAUAAUAUAUAUGCCUAGACCUCUUCAAUGGGUUAAGUAGCCGCCCGACAUGCUCUGUUUGAGCUGGGGCUGGACACUUAAUUUUUCUAUUAAGCCAUACCGGAAUCCGUAAUAGACCCGAUUCUAUUACCCGAUUUAUUACGCAUCAGAUUGGACUUUAAUUUUUAAUUAAAAUUUCACGUAGCCUCGAAAAAAUAGUCCGACUCUGGAUAAAUUUAGUUCAUGGGACAGACUUAGGUAAUGAAAAUUAGGUUCAAAUUAGAUUUGGGUUUGCAUGUAAAAUCGACCGAGUUCGGUCUGAAUGUGUUCAAGUCCGGUUUAUGACCAGGUAUAGAGCUUACUGAUGAUAUAUGCAUGGUGGGGCUUACAAUAAUUUUUCCAUAAAUUAAGCAUAACAACAAUUAGAAGUAAUUCCACUCCACAUUCUUACGCUUAUAUGGAGGAAUAAAGCAUAACAAAAGAAGUAAUGUCACUCCACAUUUUCACGUUUUCUUUUCCAAUUAAAAAUACAAAAAGUGAAAAGCUGCAGCCUUCAUAAACUCCAUGAGUUCCAAUUUCUACAGCAUGCACCUACAGACAUAAUGAAUACUCCCAAAGGCACUGUUGUAUUCACAACCGUCGGCCGACAAAACUACGGCUUUGAUGUCUACUCUGUGAAGAUCCCGUCGGAUCUUAACAGUUCGAGCUUCUCCAACUCUGAUGAGCACCGCCACACAGAUGGUGUAUCUCUAAACUUCAAUGCACAAUUCACUGAAGACAAUCAAGCUAUUGUUUACAUAUCUGAAAGAUCUAGUUUUCCUUCAAUUUACCUAUCCAAAAUUCAUAAUACCAAACCUGAGAAACUCCCAUUCAUACCUGAAAGCCUUUUCCAUGACCGUCCGAUCAUCAAGAAUAACCGUCUCUACUUCAUUUCAGCUCAUGAAAAGCCUGAUAAGCUCUUCAAGAGCUGGAACGCUCUCUAUACCAUGAGUCUGAAUCAAAGUCGUCGAGAAAUCACUCGUUUGACUCCUUAUGAUGUUGCUGACUUCAGUCCUGCCGUUUCUCUUUCUGGGAAAUACAUUGCUGUUGCAUCUUAUGGAUCUCGCCUUUGGGGUACUGAAUUUGAGGACCUUAAGACGGAUAUUGUUGUUUUCAAAGAAUCUGAACCUGACAAACGAAUUGUCGUUUGUCAAAGAGGCGGUUGGCCUACUUGGUCGGGUGAUUCAACUAUUUAUUUUCAUCGCAAAGCUGAUGAUGGAUUUUGGAGCAUUUUCCAAGUUAAACUGCCGGAAGAUUUCUCUCAGUUUACUUGCAGUGAUCCGAUACGGAUUACUCCGCCAGGCGUUAACUGCAUAACUCCUUGCGCUAUGCACGAUGGUAAGAGAAUCGCAGUGGCAACUCGAAGGCGAAACAAGACUUACAGGCAUAUUGAGAUAUUUGAUCUCGCUUCAGGAAUAUUUCAUCCUGUUACUGAACUAAUCAACCCGAGUUUCCAUCAUUAUAACCCAUUUGUUUCUCAAGAUUCAAUGUUCAUUGGGUACCACCGGUUCAGAGGCGAAUCAGCGGCUCAUGGAGAAACCACGAUACCGAAUCUUGAACCUGUCAAAUCUCAUAUCAACGAUCUGCGUAUGGUCAGGAUUAAUGGAUCAUUUCCAUCGUUUUCUCCGGAAGGUGAUUUUAUAUCAUACAAUGCUGGUCUCAGUCAAGGGUUACACAUUGUUAAAUCAGACGGUUCAAAGAGAUGGACUUUAAUCACUAGAGAUCGUGUAGCUUUCCACACUGCUUGGAGUCCAACAGAGAAAAAUGUCAUCUAUACAACUCUUGGUCCGGUCUUUGCUUCUAUGGAAUCAACGGUGCAGAUUGCUCGUGUCUCCUUCGACCUGUCCGAUCUCAAGCCUGACGGUGACCAAAUUAUCCAGUGUGAUGUCAAGAUUCUGACAAAACAAGAUUCAGGUAACAAUGCCUUCCCAGCUUGCUCGCCAGAUGGUAAGUAUCUCGUGUUUCGAUCAGGCCGUUCCGGUCAUAAGAAUCUCUACAUAAUGGACGCGGUUGACGGAGAGUUUAAAGGCGGGAUACGUCAAUUAACGAACGGACCAUGGACCGACACAAUGCCUAGCUGGUCACCGAAAGGAGACCUGAUAGCAUUUUCAUCCAACAGACAUAAUCCAGGACAUUCUAACCCCUUCAGCAUCUAUGUAAUAAAACCAGACGGGUCUGAUUUGAGAAGAAUCCACUUGGAAGGAUCAGAACGGUUGACUCAAGCUGACAGGGAAUGGAUGGAGAGGAUAAACCAUGUCAGCUUUACUAACGACGGAGAAUGGUUUUUGUUUACCGCUAAUUUAGGGAGUGUUACUGCUGAGGCAGUAUCGUUGCCACGUCAGAUUCAGCCGUAUGGUGACGUGUACAUGGCCAGGUUGGAUGGAAGCGGAUUGCAGCGGCUGACGUGGAAUGGUUAUGAGAAUGGGACACAAGUGUUUUACCCUGACCAGAAAAGGCGGUACUUGCAGACAGUGAAGAACAAAAUGCACGUGCUCAUUUGUUCUUUGAUGAAGAUCUUGGGGCUUUACUUAAUUAUGAUGAAAAUGUCCAAGAAAAUAGAUGUUGAAGAUAGGGAUAAACUUGCUGGACAAUUCAAUGAUGUAACAUGGCUACGUAUUGAAAAAUGAUAACUUGAUAUGUACGUAAUUUACUUCCAUAUAUAAAUAAAGGAAUAAGAACUUUCAUCUUU